GUAAACAAAAAAAAAUGGAUGAUGAAGAGAUAAUACAAUUGCGUGCUCUGAAAGAUCAACUCCAGAAGAAGGUUACUUAUUUGAGAGACAGGUUGAAGGAUCAAGAAGAAAAUGGACGUAAAGAACAAAUCAAUUUCAACAUCACGCUGUUUUCUGAUGAUGAAGAUCACAAACUGUCAGAAUCCUUAUCUACCAAGUACAAAGCUAAAUUAUGUGAAAUUACAGCUCAAGUAACCGGAAUAACAUUCAAAGAUGUUGAUAGAAAAUGGUUACAUGAUGAUAUUUAUGUAUAUAUUGCUAAAGUAAUAACAAAAACAAUUUCAUUUGAUAUUGAAUUAACAGUGAUUUUGAAGAAUUUAAAUGAUGAUUUUAAAAUCAAGAACAUAAUAUGUUAUUUCAAUAAAGAUAUCCAUGAUUAUUAUAUAUUGGAAAUAUCCCCUUGGUUUCAGAAAAUUACAAAUAUGAAAAACUUUUCUCUUCUUAUGUCCGCAUUUUCUGAUUACAACGAAAAGAAUAUCCUUAGAUCUAAAAUUCUACAUAGUUUAGAAAUACAGAAAUAUGCAAACACUGAGCAAUGUACUCAGGAAAACGGAGGUAUAUUAGUAUAUGUACAUUCAUCUGUAGAUACAGAAAAAAGCUAUGUGGUAUUUCAAUGGACAAUAAAAUUUUUGGACUUGACGUGGCAAAUUGAACAUUUCUUUACAGUAAAGUCUACAGACAUAGGAAUGGAAUUUUCUGAAGAAAAUCGGUCUUUAUUAAAAGAAUUUUGCAAGUUUGGCUUGACGAAAAACACUCUUGUAGAAUUAUGGGAGAAAUUGUGCAUCGCUAGUGAUGCUUAUGCUGGAAAAAAUGCCUGACAAAAUUCAUUAUCUUUAAUUACGAGAUACUAAGAACUUAUGAUAUCUGUUAUUCCAAUUAUUUGAAUAAUUGUAUGAAUUUGAAUGAAAGUAUGUAAAUAUUUUAUUAAUAAAUUUAUAUACAGGAUGUCCGGAAAAUCGCCCGCAAUACUUUGGGAAGUGAUUCAGAACUCAAAAAGAAGGACAAAAAGCUAUAUAAACAUAGGUCCGGAAAUAAGUCAUUUCCUAGUCAUAACCAUUUUU